AUGGUGGCUGCACGCUCUAGGCUGCUGCCCGUGGCGCUGCUCCUGGCCACGGGCGCGUUUGUAACGGUCACCUUCGUGCCCUCGCCGGUGCAGCGCGGCGAGACAGCGGGCAUCCUGGCCAGGGUGCCCUCUGGCGGUGCUCCCGCGCAGCACGCAGCGCUGCUCGGGGCAGCGGCGGCGGCCGUGCCAACGGCGGCGCACGCGGCGAAGGCGGCCGACCCAGUGGAGGUCGUUCUCAAGCUGGGUGCGCUCGUGGCCGUCCUCCUGGGGCCCAUCAUCGCCUUCCUGGGCCUGCAGUUCAUCCUGCCCAAGGCCGACAUGUCGAAGUGA